AUGGUGAAUCGCGCGCUCUCUGGCCUCUCCAUCGCGCUCGCGGCGCUGCUGCUUGUUCCGCCGCUGCGCGAGCUCGCGGCAGAGUUCUCCACCAAAAGCGAGCCGGACUACGAGUUCGGAGACUACAGAGGCAAGUGGUGCAUUGACGACCACGGGUUCGUGUACAGCAUCGGAGAGGUUUACUACCCGAGCCCCACGGCGUGCCCGUGCACGUGCACAGUGGAUGGCCCCGUGUGCGUCCGGCCACGGUGUCCCCGCAUCCACCCGCGCUGCACGCGGAUCAAGUAUAAGGAAUGCUGCCCCGUGUGUGAGGCCGUGGCCAGGGUCUGCGUCUACGGAGGGAGAACCUACAGACUGCUGGAGGAGUUCAGGGUAUCGUGGUGUGAGUGGUGCCGCUGCGAGGCCAACAGAGAGGUUUACUGCAGCAUUUCUGAGUGCCCGGCUCCUCACUGCGUUAACCCCACCUAUGAGCCCAACCACUGCUGUCCCAUCUGUAAGACUGGUCCCAACUGCUUUGCUGGCAGCCGGGUGAUCCCAGCAGGAGAGCGCGUGAACAUGGAUGAGCAGACUGUGUGUUACUGCACCUACAGGGAUGGAACGUGGCACACCCACCCCCAUGCCACCUGCGAACGGCAUCCCCAGCCCAGCCCCACACUCAGCACGCGCACUGAGGCCCCCAGGGAUGAGGACUUAGGCCGGAGACAGUUUCCUAGACUAGAUCUGAUUCCCUAAAUUAGCCGUUUUCAGUUACAAUCUCCAGUUUUCAGGUAAUGGGACCCAAAGAAACUAGUUUCUAACAAUCAUAACUUUUCGAAUGUCUGUCAGUCCUCGUGUAGAUUUCUCAUUUAGAAGGUAGCUGUUUAGGUUUGAAAUGUCUUAACUUUCAUUUAGCUUUAAGUUCAACAUCACUUAGAUACAUUUUGAAGUGCAAUCUAUUAAUAAAAUGAGAGUCUCUAAGAUAAAAAUCUAAUAAUAGAAUUAAAAAAGGUGUUAGAAACAGCAGAAACCAACCACAGUAUGAAGCUGCAGCAUCGCAGAAAUCUGCAGUUUACCCAAACUAAAUCUGUUUUUUCUAAAUAGACGGUCAAAUUAAUUUUGUUGGUAAUCAGAUUAAAAAUGAUUUCUCUUUUCACCUUUUAAGGAUCCUGAUCCAAAAGGUGGCUUAGCUCUUCUCGGGUUUUCAGACCUUUUUCUGGAGCUAAAAAAACAAACA